AAACAAGCUUAUCUUCCUAUCCAAAAAGAUGAAAAUAACUGGGUUACUCACAAAAGAUAACCAAGUGAAGACCACUGACUAAUGAGUAGAAUCAGUAAGAACGUGAUUUUGGCCCUUUUCACAUUGACAAGUUCUGCAUUUCUGCUGUUUCAGUUGUACUACUACAAGCACUAUUUAUCAACAAAGCUACAGUUCAGAAGAGAGAGAGAAGAUAGACGGACAGACAUACCUUCUCAAGAUCUGAGCUUUGGGACCCUUCAGCAUGUCAAGCAAGUGGGAAGAACUAGCUAGUGAAACUAAGGAGUAGCCAGAGAGAAAUAGUAGGAAACCUGGAAGUACGAGGAUCCUGAGAGCCAAAGGAAUGGAGUGUUUCAAAUGGAGCUGGUUUAUCAAAAUCCAAAGGAAGUAGAAUUGGAUUUGAUAGCACACAGUGGAACACAAAUAUUUUACAAAACCCAAGACCAGAAGUCCAAAUAUACUUAUUAGACAACAAAAUGACAUUUGUUUAAGAUAAGUCAAUAGCUGGUUGGCUAAAGACAAUCAGUGCAAAACAAAAAGCAGUAUUAUACAAAACGCCCAGGAGAUUGCAUCCAAUUAGAAGAAAUGGAAGUGUGUCACUUUUUUUUCAAAUUUCCAAUGUAGUAGGACAACAUUCAAUAAUAAUGUGAAAAGAUGAAACCAGGUAGUUCUGGACAGGGAAAUGGGUCCUAGAAAACCCAGAGAGACCCAGAAAUGUCUGAGUGGAGAGGGGCCAGCAGAAGGCUCCCCUAGCCUGACAAUGCUGCUUCCACCCACAGGACACAAAUAUCUUACACAGGCAUUUGACAUGACUGCCUCUGUGCAAUUAACAGAUCUUUGGUGAAAAUCCAAGGCAGACAGGUAAAAAUCUACAAAGCAGAAGUAUUGCAGCAGAAGCAAACUUGACACAUUAAGAAGAAGACUUCUAAGUAUGGUGCUUUGUGGAAGAGAGCCUGUGGGAGAUGAGGGAAUCCAUACAUAAGAGGACAAGCUUAUGAAAGCCCAUGUGGCUGAGAAUAAAGAGCAAGAACUGAGCCUUUUGCAAGAACUCUUUUCGGGAAGAAAUACUAGGGAAAUUGUGAAAAAAAAAAAAGACCUUAUCCAAAGUUUUAAUAAUAUGGGGCUGAAGUACAGAAUACAGAAUAUGCUGGAAAAUUUGGAGCCAACAUCAAGAAGGUUCUCCCUUCCAAGAAAAAAGAAUUGAAAUCUAUACCAGGGCUUCUUGUAAAAGCAAGAAUCAUAAAACUGAACCUGUUUGGAAAACACAAGACAAAGGGCAGGAAGUGAACUAGAUUCUCAGCACUUCCUCACAUUUUUCCAUAGUGGAAUAUGAAAUUCUGAGGAAGAAGUGGAACAACUACCAAAUAGGCUUCCUAAAAAUAACUUGACAGGAAAAUCAUUGGGCCUUUUCUCCCUCAAACUGCAACUCCAUUUCCCCUAUCAGAGCCUCAGUGGCUGUGUAUGGCACAGGAGGCCUCAAUCCCUCACUGCUGAAUCCACCAGGCCCUGUGCAUGACAGUGUAGCAAAGUAUCCCCAAGGCUCAGUAAAGGCAGAGUCUAACCCAGUAAGCCACAAAGGCUUCCAGCUCAGACACAGGGAAAGUGAGUAUAUGGGCUGCAUGUCUCUGCCCUUUCAGAAUGGGGACAAGGAGACUGAGUGUCCCAACCCAAGGUCCUGAAAUAGGAGGUUGGUGGACACCUAGGCUCUGCUGCAGUGGCUCAUGAGGAUGAAAUCACUUCCAGUCCAUCUUUGGUCAGUAUAAAACUAUGAGAGAGUCAUUUCUUCCCACCACUAUGCAGAGUACACACAGGAAAAGCCUGUGGGAACAUGCCAGACACAGGCUUGGAGAAUACUCCAACUGCAUGCCCUUUGCCUAAAUGAGACCUCACCAUUGCCGACACUACAUUGUUCUGUGUCCUGGAAAGCAUUCUGUUUAAAACAUUGGUCUCUGGGGACAAAACCCUGAGAGCAGGACACCCUGAAUUUCUUCCCUGUAUCCUGGCUACCCAAAGACCUGGAAUCUGCCAUAGUACACUUCCUUUGUGACCUUACACAGGGAAUUUGAGGCAUUUCAGCAGGGUGUCUGGGACACUAAUGGGAAAACAUUCCAGCAAAGGCUGCUCACCUGCAGAAGUCGCCCCUGGACCACCCGGGUCAUUAUAAAUUUGGAAGCUAAUUGUUCACCUCAGUCAAUGACAGGUGCUCUAUAGAAUACCACUUGCUUCUCCCAAAACUUCCUAUUACUGAAGUCUGUAAGAGAGACAUAGCAGACCUGUCCCUGAUGUGUUUUUCAUAGUCAACACAUACAAAAAAUGAACUACACAUUGCAAAGCUCUUCCCAGCAUCCCAAUCCCACCCACCAACAUUUUGGUAGGGAAGGGAACAUAAGGACGUGCUCCCAAAGAAAAUAACUGUGAAUUCCCCAAGACCAUACUUCUCCUUUCACAUUGUAAGGGGCAGGAGACACUGUCUUGAACAAACAAGGUCUGUCACAAGUUUAACACCAAAGUGCUUUGUUCUCUGUCUGCAAGAGCAGCUCUGCACAGUGCAGUUACUGCGGCCAGACCAUUGGCCCUCUCCACUGUGACACCCUGAAUAAGGGGCCAGAGCCAAUGGGGCAUUCCAUGUUUUCUCAUCAGAGCCGCCCUCCUCAUUUUGGAGCCUCUAAAGCCUAUUGUCUCAGUAAAUAACAGAGUGGUUGAAAAACCAUAUGUGAAAUCCACUUACUACAUGUGUUGACCUGCCAGUUUAUAGCGUUAUUGCUAAUGCUUCUCAUUGCCUGUGUGGUCUCUACAUCACCAUACUCAGAGGAAAUGGGAGAGAAGUUAGUGGUUCAGGAAACUUCCUGUUGAAGGUGAAAAACCAUACUUAACAAGCCUUCUUGGACUGGGAAUGUAGACAGAUUGCAUAGCAUGUGCAAAGUCUGUGGUCUGAUACCAGGAAUAUCAAACAGGCUUUAGGUGACCAGUGAUUAAAACCAGAGGAUCUUGAGUUACAUAAACCUGGAUUGAGUUCCUGCACUAUACCAUUUUGGAUCAGUCACCAUGGCAAGGCAGCAAUAUGUUCUAUAAAUCUUUAACUGAGUCUUUAUAAUCCAUUCUCUUUUUUCACCUUUAUGAGUAAGAGGCAUGAAAAAGCAUUUUGAGACAAACCUGAGUUUGUCCAGGAAUAUGUCACACCAGGUACUUUACUGUUCCCACUAGUGAGUGGGCAUUCUCACCCACAUGCCUGAGGAAACAAAAGUGCCAAGGCUGGCUUAGGCAUGCACUUCCUGGAAAGGUCCAUGAGCAAAGACUGGCCCUGAAUUCAGAGGAGUUGUAUCUCUUUCAUGGAUAUCCUGAUUCCUGACAGUGCAACCAGAUGCAGAAGACACCCUUUAAGAUCCCUCUGCCUCAAGAUUCCUUCCUGAAUGCCAAUGCACAGCAGAAUUACCCACGAGACGAUUCAGUUCAGGCUUCCUCAGAGCAUCUCACCCACUACAACACAGUGAAUCAAGAGGACUGUGCCACCCAGAGGUAGAGGAAUCCAGCGCAUGUUUCACACAGAGGGAGAGGAGGCACAGCUCCACUUCAGUGUCACAACUGCUUUCCAAUAGCAAAUGAGCUGCCCUUGAUUGCCACUGCACUGUCUGAUUCAGCAGACAGAUUUUUCAUGGUGUCUAAGGCCUUAGUUUUUCAUUGGGUGGGAAAUAACAAAGACCCUCAUCACCUAAGGAUUUCAGGUAAUUUGACACAUUAUCAGCAAAAACAAGAAAAGACAGAAAGAAACUGUCAAUGAUCUGGGUAAAAGCUACACACUUCAGUUCCUGUGAAAAAAGGACAGUGAAAUUUCAGCCCCAAGGAACUUCAGGGUCUCUCAUUCCCCCUUUUGAAUGAAGGUACUGCAAGUAGCAAAUCAGUGGAAAAGGAGAAUCCAUUUAGUCCAAAGUGAAAGACUCUUUGACAAUAUCUUAAAGACUAGCGUAUGUUUUUCUUUUCCCUUUCAAAUUAUCAGAUUUCACCCCUGAAGUUCUAUGCAUCAGCCCACCCUGAGUAGAAGUGAAUUUAUAUAAGGAAACAAUGAGCAGAGACUUCUCUGGUGCUGCCAAGUAACAGGCCCUCCCUCUCCAGACCUCCCAGUUUACAAAUGGUGCCAAGUCCUGAGGGCUCUGGGGAGCUGAGCUCUGUCAGCCUCCAUGUGAAGAGUCCAACCUGGGCAACACAGGAUGAGUCCAGAAGAUGAACAACCCCAGGGUCCUGGCUUUUCUUCCUUCACAGCAGGAUUUGUGUGGUGGCUUCCAAGGUGUCCAGGUAGCCACUGAGGAGUCUCCUUGCCCUUCAUUUCUUCUUGUAGUAGAAGAAUGUGAACAGCACUUCUAGGAUCCCCACAGUCCUCGAGUUUAUCCUGAUGGUCCAGUGCAGUCUGUCUUCCUUCUACCUGACUUGGAGAUCACCAGCAUAGUGGCUGCCGUGUUGCCACAUCCUGGAGCGGAAUCAGUAAUUGUGUUUAUGAUAUUUCUGUUAAACAUUAAGCUGAGAUUCACUCAAACAUUUAAGCACCUUCUAUAUACUAGUUUCUGUCAUCUCAUCGUUUUUCUCCCCAAACCGUUUCUUUUUCUUUUAUUUUUCUGGUUUAAAGCACAGAAAAGAUUAACCCUAAAAUAAAAAAGGUUGAUUUGCUAUCAAAAUUUAAAACUUCUACUCAUCAAAAGAGACCCCAUUAAGAAAAUGAAUAGAUAUGUCACAGACUAGAAAAUAUUUGCAAAAUAUGGCAAUUGAUUUUCAAAUGCUAAAUGAAUCAUUCAUUCCUGGGAUAAACACUACUUGGUCAUAAUAUUACUUUUUUGUCUUUGUUUUAAUUACUGGAAUUUACUUUCUCAUAUUCUAUUAAGUAUUUUUAUAUCUGCAUCCAUGAGGAUGGGGGUCUAUAAUUUUCUUUUUUUGUAAUAUCCUUGUCAGAUUUUGCUGUUGUAUUACAUUGACCUCAUAAAAUCAACUUGGAAACUGCUGAUUUCAGUUUUCUGAAAGCUUUCAUAAAAUUUAUAUUCUUCCGUAAAACUUUGAUAGAAUUCACCAGUGAAUCACCCGAGUCUCGAGUUGUUUUAUUUUUUAGGGCAGCUCUUUUGUUUUUAAAUGAUAAAUACAGUUUUCUAAAGAGGUAUAGGGCAAUUCAGAUUUCUUGUUAUCUUUUUUUAACUUUAUGAAAAAAUAAAACUUCAUAACAAAAUAAGAGAAUACCAAUAGCUGAUGAUACACUGUGUAUCUAUCAUUAUCUUCAAAGUAGUUACUCAGAGUACAAGACAUACACUGCUAAGAUUCUUACAAAAAAGAAAUAGAUAAUAAUAGAAAACUUUCUGUUAUAGUAGUUUUGUUAGAUUGUAGUUUUAAAGAAAGUUGUCCAUGUCAUCCAAGUUGGUAAUUUUUUUUUGACAUAAAGUUGUUUAUUUUAACUUCUUACUUAGCUGCCUCUCCCACUAAGAAAUAAGAGACCCCUCUAAGGCAGAGAUUAUUAUAUCCUUAGAAUUUGUGUAAUAGUCUACACUAAAAAGAAAUGACUUAUUCCUAUCUUUAUCUCAUUAUUUUUCUAUUCUUAAAACUCUCAGUAUCAUUGUCUAUUUAGUAUCUUCUAUAUAAGUUCCUUCAAUUUUGUGAAUUACAGUUUUUUAAAAUGCAUUUUUAAUUCCUUGAAGCACCUUUUUGAUAUCUUGUACAUUCCUUUAAAUUUCAUGUUAAUGUAUAUCAAUUAUUCUACUUAUCUUUCCUACUCUUCAUCGUUUACUCAAAGGUGUAAUUUAACCUGUUUUCAUUCUGAUUUUGAAAUUUCUCUUUUCAAUACAAGAUUCUACUGUCCAGCAGAAUUAUAUUAAAAAAAUUGAAGUAUUACUAGAAAAUCCUCUAUAUAUUGGAAUGAUUGAGUAGGCAAUGUAUUUUGUUUUGAAUUUUUUGCUUAGAAGUGUUACUAAACAAAUUAUAAAUAGAAGCAUAUGAUACACAAUUUAUUUUUAAUUUUGAAAAGUUGAUGUUACAGCUUUUAAAAGCUGACAUCUAAUAUUCCCCCAGUUUGCUUGAAAAUAUAUAGCAGAUACCAAGAGAAUAACUUGUAAGCCCAAAGUGUUUUUAUCUCAGAUACCACUUUUUCUUUCUUUUUAUGUUAAUGAAUAGCUUACUGUUCUGUAUUUUUACGUUUUACGUAGUUUUAGUAUACUUCACAUAUUUCACCUUGUGUUAUAAAUAUUUGUUUAUCUUCCUUAGAAAAUGGUACUUUUUGAGUGCAGGAACCACAGAUGUUAUUUACUUAUUUUUUUAGUACAGUGGUAAGCAUAGCAUCUAUUGGGUAAACACUGUACAUUCUUAUGAAAUUAAUAAAUAAAAAUUCAAUAAGUUGUAUUGAUUUAACGGUAUUAAGGGAAUUGUUUUCUUUUCAAACAGCGUGCAGUUAAAAAGUUUAUUAUGCUGACAUCCAGCCAAAAUGUACCAGUGUUCCUUAUUGAUCCUUUGAUUCUGGAACUGAUUAAUAAAAACUUUGAACAAGUAAAAAAUAUUUCUUAUGGCUCUGCUUCAGAAUGCAAGUUUUUCUGUGUUCAAAGAGACUUUACUACAUUUGCACUACAGUAUCAUCUAUGGAAAAACGAGGAAGGCUGGUUUCCUGUAGCUGAGAAUAUGGGAUUUCAGUGCCUAAAGACUGAGAGCAAAGAUCCUCGGCUAGAUGGGAUAGACUCACUUUCUGGAACUGAAAUCCCUCUGCACUGUAUCUGUAAAUGGGCCACUCAUGCCAUCCAUUUGGUGGUCUUUCAUGGGAGAAGUGGCAACUACCUCUGGCAUGGUCAUCUACGACUCAAGGGACACAUUGACAGGAAAUUUGUUCCUUUUCGAAAGUUGCAGUUUGGUCAUUACCCUGGAGCUUUUGACAGACCAGAGUUACAGCAAGUUACUAUAGAUGGACUAGAAGUUCUCAUUCCAAAAGAUCCAGCGCACUUUCUAGAAGAAAUACCACACUCUAGAUUUAUUGAGUGCAAGUAUAAGGAAGCUCGAACAUUCUUUCAGCAGUACCUUGAUGAUAACACUGUGGAAGCUAUGACCUUUCAGAAGAGUGCAAAGGAAUUACUGCAACUAGCAGCCAAAACAUUAAACAAAUUAGGAAUACGAUUCUGGCUGAGCAGUGGAACUUGUCUAGGAUGGUAUCGGCAGUGCAGUAUCAUUCCUUAUAGCAAAGAUGUCGACCUAGGGAUUUUUAUACAAGAUUACAAAUCUGAUAUUAUUUUAGCAUUUCAGGAGGCAGGACUUCCACUCAAACACAAGUUUGGGAAGGUGGAAGACAGCUUGGAACUAUCCUUCCAGGGAAAAGAUGAUGUAAAACUUGACAUUUUUUUCUUCUAUGAAGAGCCUGACUAUAUGUGGAAUGGAGGCACUCAGGCCAAAACAGGAAAAAAAUUUAAAUAUCUAUUUCCCAAGUUUACCCUGUGCUGGACUGAGUUUGUAGACAUGAAGGUCCAUGUGCCAUGUGAAACCAUUGAAUACAUCAAAGCCAACUACGGUAAGGGCUGGAAGAUUCCUAUAAAGACUUGGGAUUGGAAGAGCUCUCCACCCAAUGUGCAGCCCAAUGGAAUCUGGCCUAUUUCUGAAUGGGAUGAGGUUAUCCAGUUAUACUGAAAUACUGGGUUGAAAUGGGAGAAUUUCUUUUCGGAAAAAGGAAAAGCAUUUUCUUUUCUCACACAUCUACUCAUCAAACAUAAGUGAGACCACCACCACUACCACCAAAAAAAGAGACAAGUUUGAAGACUCAGAGUCCUAACUCCUGAGCCAUCAGAUUUAGUUCUUGACAGCAUUUAUUGAGUUUUUUUAUUGCCAUUAAAGUGCUAGGUUACAAUGGAGAAUCAGAGAUGAAUGAGCAAAUUUCUCCCUCUUUUUCUUAUGCCUUUGGUAAGCAACCAGCUUUCCUUUGAGAGAAACUCCUCCACCCUUUGAAGAGCUGAAAUAGAAUAGGAUAUAUUUUAUAAUGGUUUUUAAAUGUUAAGUAAUGUUUAGACUAGAAAAUGAGCUCAUCAGGCAAAAGCCAAGGAAGGUUGUACUGGUUAAAAAGAAUAAUCCAUUCCUGUCCCCAGCAUUUGAGCUGCUAUGUUAGUGCUGCAUUUAAGAUUUUAAAGUCUGAGUUAAUAUUCAAGUGAUCAGACUUAUGUGGCACAAAGAAAGAUCCUAGCAGAUUCAUUUUACAAGCAAUUUGAUGUAGAAUUGAUUUGGAACAUGGGGCAUUAGUCUAUAAGUGAAGGUGAGAGCUUAUUUCUAACUUGUCAAGAUAAGUAAAUUUCCAUACACUUACUAUUUUCAUAUUUGAAGUGAGAAGAAAGCUGAUGCUUGUGUGAUGCUUAAAUUUCCAACUGUUGUGAGAAUAUUUUCUCUGACUUAUGUUGGCGCUUAAUGGCAAAUCAUUUACGCAAGACCAUGCUACCAGAGUGAUUCUGAGAGUUGCUGUUUCACAAAACUAAUUUUCCUUAUUUCAUUCUCAACCACUGUUCAAUAAAAAUACGAGCUAAUCAUUGACAUUUUGUAUUUUCUGUAUUUAUAAUCCUUGCACUUCCAAUUUUAAUGUUAAUACUAAAAUGUUAAUAGAAAUACCACUAAUUUUUUGAAAUAGACUCUCUGUUGUAUUUAUUCACCAAUGAUAAUUCCAUAUAUUUAAUUUAUGGGCUAUGUAUCAAUUUAAGUGGACUAAAAACCUACCUGUUAAUUUUCUUCCAAAAGUACCUAAGUCUUGAAAAGGGACCAUAAAUGGUGAACCUGGCAAUUAUUCCCCACCCUGGCUGAUAAUGUUGGUAAAGCUUGUGUCUAUUUGUGUUCAAAUAGUUGAAUAUUGAUGAAGAAGGAACUCAGUCUUCCCUUCAUUAUUGAGUACUUCCACCGAGGAUCCCUACAGUUUUCUUUUCCUCUUAAGGUCUGUUCCUGAGAGGGCUAGGAUGGCUGUCUCACUCAUGUUGUCACUAUUCACUUGCAAGAUGUAUUCUAAGUGAGAGAUAAAAGGACAAUGCAGGAACAGUAAUAAGCACUGUUCUUUUUCUUUGGAAAAGGAAGCCAAAUCUUGUAUCUUUUCUGUGUUGCUUAGGAUUGCUUUUUGGAGCAGCUUGCCAGAUUUUCCUCUAAAACUGGAGAAUAAUGAGUCUCAAAAAUGGAAACCACUAGUAUGGACAAGCCCUAGAUUCAAGCCCCAGCACCUCAAAAAAAAAAAAAAAAAGUUUAAAAAAAGGAAAG